AUUUUGUCUCACUGAGGUUAGAGUCUUGUUAGUCUAUCUUCAGAAAGCUUAGAGACGCCAUUUUUUGGUUUUUAUUUUUAAUUUUAUUUGAUUACAUUUAAGCCGGCGUCUAAUUAGGGUUUAAUAUAAUUUAUUUGUGUGGUGUCAACACUUCUGUGCACCAAGAUGAGCAUCGUAACGGACUCAAAAGCUCCUUUAAAGGAGAUAAAGCGUAUACAAUUUGGUGUACUCAGUCCGGAGGAAAUCAAAAGGAUGUCGGUUACAGAAGGUGGUGUUAAAUAUCCUGAAAUAUAUGAGAAUGGACGUCCCAAACUUGGUGGUUUAAUGGAUCCUAGACAAGGUGUCGUAGAUCGUCAAUCUAGGUGUCAGAGCUGUGCUGGAAAUAUGACCGAAUGUCCUGGUCAUUUUGGUCACAUUGAAUUGGCUAAACCUGUAUUCCAUUGCGGUUUCCUCAACAAGAUCCUCAAGGUUCUUAGGUGCGUUUGUUUUUACUGUUCUAAACUUUUGAUCUCCCCUAACCAUCCAAAGAUCAAGGAGAUAGUCAAUGAGACCAGAGGCAAUCCUAGAAAGCGUUUAGCUCAUGUUUAUGAUCUUUGCAAGAGUAAGCAUAUAUGUGAAGGAGGAGAUGAUAUUGAGUUAAAAGCUAAAGAGAUGGAUUAUACUGAAGUAGCUGAGAAUGAAUCAAAAAAGCUUGGACAUGGUGGUUGUGGUAGAUAUCAACCGACUUUACGUAGAAUUGGCUUGGAACUUUUUGCAGAAUGGAAACAUCUCAAUGAGGACAGCCAAGAGAAGAAGAUUAACCUCACUGCUGAACGUGUUCAUGAAAUUUUCAAACACAUAUCAGAAGAAGAGUGUGUUAUUUUAGGUAUGGAUCCUAAUUACUCUAGACCUGAUUGGAUGUGCAUUACCGUUCUUCCUGUGCCACCAUUACCAGUUAGACCAGCGGUAGUCAUGUUUGGCUCUGCUCGUAAUCAAGACGAUCUUACACACAAGUUGUCCGAUAUUGUUAAAGCAAACAACGAACUUCUUAGAAACGAGCAAACUGGAGCUCCUGCAUCAAUCAUAUCUGAUAUAACAAAUUUACUUCAAUACCAUGUUGCUACGCUUAUUGACAAUGAACUUCCUGGAAUACCUCGGGCUAUGCAAAAAUCUGGUAGGCCAUUGAAAUCAAUCAAGCAAAGAUUAAAAUCCAAAGAAGGUCGUAUUAGAGGAAAUUUAAUGGGUAAACGUGUUGAUUUCUCUGCUCGUACUGUAAUUACACCUGAUCCCAAUCUUAGAAUCGAUGAAGUCGGUGUUCCUAGGUCCAUAGCACAAAAUUUGACUUUCCCAGAAAUAGUCACUCCUUUUAACAUAGACACAAUGUACGAUUUGGUUCAACGGGGUAACAAUCAAUACCCAGGAGCCAAGUAUAUCAUCAGAGACAAUGGUGAAAGAAUUGAUCUUAGAUUUCACCCUAAAUCUAGUGAUCUUCAUUUGCAAUAUGGUUACAAAGUUGAAAGGCACAUCAGGAAUGGUGACAUUAUCGUUUUCAAUCGACAGCCAACUUUGCACAAAAUGUCUAUGAUGGGUCAUAGAAUCCGUGUUCUUCCCUGGUCAACUUUUAGGCUCAAUUUAUCAGUAACAACUCCUUACAAUGCUGAUUUUGAUGGUGAUGAAAUGAAUAUGCAUGUUCCACAAAGUUUAGAGACCAAAGCCGAGAUUGAACAACUUGCUAUGGUACCGAGAAUGAUCGUUACUCCUCAAUCAAAUAAACCAGUAAUGGGUAUUGUGCAAGAUACUUUAACUGCUGUGAGAAAAAUGACCAAAAGAGAUGUCUUCUUAACCGAAGAACAAUUUAUGAAUUUAUUAUGUUUCUUGCCUACCUGGGAUGGUAAAAUGCCUAUGCCCGCUAUCAUCAAACCACAACCUCUAUGGACGGGUAAACAAUUGUUUAGUCUUAUAAUUCCAGGUAAUGUUAACCUCAUUCGUAACCAUAGUACUCACCCUGAUGAUGAAGAUGACGGUCCUUACCGUUGGAUAUCUCUUGGAGAUACAAAAGUCUUAAUUGAACAAGGUCAGCUUUUGUCUGGUAUUGUGUGCUCAAAAACAGUUGGUUCUUCUUCUGGAUCUUUAAUGCACGUUGUCUUUAACGAGCAUGGACAUGAAAUAGCUGGAGCCUUCUAUGGACAUAUUCAAACAGUUGUUAAUAAUUGGCUUUUAUUGGAGGGUCACACUAUUGGUAUUGGAGAUACAUUUGCUGAUCCCGCAACUUAUUCUGAUAUUCAAGGUACCAUCCGAAAAGCUAAACAAGAUGUGAUAGAAGUUAUUGAAAAAGCUCACAAUGAUGAAUUAGAACCUACGCCUGGUAAUACUUUACGUCAAACUUUCGAAAAUCGAGUCAAUCGUAUCCUUAACGAUGCUCGUGACAAGACUGGAGCUUCAGCUCAACGUUCUUUAUCAGAAUAUAACAAUUUCAAAGCUAUGGUCGUAGCGGGUUCCAAAGGAUCCAAAAUUAACAUUUCGCAAGUUAUUGCUUGUGUAGGUCAACAAAACGUCGAAGGUAAACGUAUACCGUUCGGGUUCAGGAAAAGAACAUUACCUCAUUUCAUUAAAGAUGAUUAUGGUCCAGAAAGUAGAGGUUUCGUCGAAAAUUCUUACCUUGCUGGAUUAACUCCUAGUGAAUUUUUCUUCCAUUCAAUGGGAGGUCGUGAAGGUCUUAUCGAUACCGCUGUAAAAACUGCUGAAACUGGUUAUAUUCAACGUCGUUUAAUCAAAGCUAUGGAAUCUAUUAUGGUAUCUUACGAUGGUACUGUGCGUAACUCUAAUGGUCAAGUUAUUCAAUUCCGUUAUGGAGAGGAUGGUCUGGAUGCUACAGCCGUCGAAUUUCAAUCAUUACCAACUCUCAAGCCAAACAACAAAGCUUUCGAGCAUAGAUUCAGAUUUGAAGGUGCCAAUGAACGACAUUUAAGAAAGUUAUUCACAGAAGAUGUUGUCUCUGAAAUAUUGGGAAGUGCAACUUCGCUUUCUGAAUUGGAGAAAGAAUGGGAACGUCUUAGACGUGAUCGGGAAACUUUACGUGAGAUUUUCCCAACCGGUGAUAGCAAGGUAGUCUUACCUUGUAAUUUAAACCGUAUGAUCUGGAAUGCUCAAAAGAUCUUUCAUGUUAAUUUACGUGGGCAAACGGACCUCAGUCCUUUACGAGUCGUUGAAGGAGUCGAAGAUCUCAUCAAAAAGCUUAUCAUUGUACCUGGUGACGACAGACUUUCUAUUCAAGCAAAUGAAAAUGCAACCAUUUUGUUUAGAGCUUUGUUAAGAUCUACUCUGUGUACUAAGAAAGUAGCCGAAGAAUACAGGUUAACAACCGAAGCAUUUGACUGGUUAGUUGGAGAAAUUGAAACUCGUUUCCAACAAGCACAAGUACAACCUGGUGAAAUGGUCGGUGCAUUGGCUGCUCAAAGUCUUGGAGAACCUGCUACUCAAAUGACCCUAAACACAUUCCACUACGCCGGUGUCUCUGCUAAAAACGUAACCCUUGGUGUACCCAGACUUAAGGAAAUUAUCAACAUCUCUAAAAAACCCAAAACACCAUCUCUUACUGUUUUCUUGACGGGUGCUGCUGCUAGAGAUGCUGAGAAAGCUAAAGAUGUUCUUUGUCGUCUCGAACAUACAACACUCAGAAAGGUGACAGCUAAUACAGCUAUUUACUAUGACCCGGACCCACAAAACUCUGUGAUUGUUGAAGAUCAAGAAUUCGUUAAUGUGUAUUAUGAAAUGCCUGAUUUUGAUACAUCACGAAUAUCUCCAUGGCUACUUCGAAUUGAAUUAGAUCGUAAGAGAAUGACUGAUAAAAAGUUGACUAUGGAACAAAUUGCUGAAAAAAUUAACGCUGGUUUUGGUGACGAUCUUAAUUGUAUUUUCAAUGACGACAAUGCUGAAAAACUGGUCCUCCGUAUCAGAAUUAUGAAUUCAGAUGAAAAGAUGGAAGAUGAAGAACAAAUUGAUAAGAUGGAAGAUGAUGUCUUCCUCAGAUGUAUUGAGGCUUCUAUGCUUUCUGACAUUACACUUCAAGGUAUUGAAUCAAUUACAAAAGUUUACAUGCACCAACCGACUACGGACAACAAGAAACGUAUAAUCUUAACGGACACUGGAGAGUACAAAGCCAUUGUUGAAUGGUUACUCGAAACUGACGGUACAUCAUUGAUGAGAGUCUUAUCUGAACGUGAUGUUGAUCCAGUUCGAACUUAUUCUAACGAUAUUUGUGAAAUUUUCCAAGUUCUUGGUAUUGAAGCUGUAAGAAAAGCUGUGGAAAAAGAACUUAAUCAUGUCAUCUCUUUCGAUGGUUCUUAUGUAAAUUAUCGUCAUCUUGCUUUACUAUGUGAUGUAAUGACUGCUAAAGGUCAUCUUAUGGCUAUUACUCGUCACGGGAUCAAUAGGCAAGACGUUGGUGCCUUAAUGAGAUGUUCAUUUGAAGAAACUGUAGAUGUUCUAAUUGAAGCCUCAUCUCACGCUGAAGUUGACUACCUCAGAGGUGUUUCUGAAAACAUUAUGGUUGGACAGCUGGCAAAGAUGGGCACUGGUGCCUUCAGUAUGCUUUUAGAUCCAGAAAAAUGUAAAUAUGGUAUUGAAAUUCCAAUGCAUCCAGUUGGCAUGAUGGCUGGACCAGGUAUGUUUGCAGCUGCCGAUAGUCCAUCAGCAUCAAUGACGCCAUGGAUGCAAGGAGCUACUCCUGGUUAUCAAACUUCUUAUGGUGGAGUUGGGGCCAGUAUGACUCCCGGUGGUGCUGCUUUCUCUCCAUCAGCCGCUUCAGAAGUUAGUGGAAUGAGCCCAGGAUUCAGUCCUUCUUGGCCUUCACCAGGUCGAGUUGGUUCACCAAGUUCACCAUCUCCAUAUAUUCCAAGUCCUGGUGGUGCAAGUUCACCAACUUACUCACCUUCUUCACCAGCUUAUGCUCCUAUGUCUCCGGCAAGUCCAGGCUACUCACCAACAAGUCCAUCAUAUUCACCAACCAGUCCAAACUAUUCUCCUACAUCUCCUAAAUACUCCCCAACUAGCCCCAACUAUAGUCCAACAUCUCCAAACUAUUCACCAACCAGCCCUUCGUAUUCCCCAACCAGUCCAAAUUACUCACCAACAAGUCCCUCUUAUUCGCCAACGAGUCCUAGUUACUCUCCAACAAGUCCCAGCUACUCUCCGACCAGUCCAUCAUAUUCACCAACAAGUCCAUCUUACUCUCCAACCAGUCCCAGUUACUCUCCCACUAGCCCAUCAUACUCACCAACGUCUCCUUCAUAUUCACCUACAAGUCCAUCAUACUCUCCAACAAGCCCAAGCUACUCUCCUACGAGUCCUUCUUAUUCCCCUACCAGUCCCUCUUACUCACCAACGUCUCCAUCUUAUUCUCCUACAAGUCCAUCUUACUCGCCAACCAGCCCUUCCUAUGCUCCAACCAGCCCGUCAUAUUCCCCUACAAGCCCGUCGUACUCACCCACAAGUCCAUCAUAUUCGCCUACUAGUCCUAGCUAUUCACCGACUAGCCCGGCAUAUUCACCAACCAGCCCAAGUUAUUCUCCUGGUAGCCCAAGUUAUAGCCCUGGAAGCCCUAAAUACACACCGAGCAGCCCCAAAUACAGUCCAUCAAGUCCUAAAUAUAGUCCAACCAGUCCAAGUUACUCACCAGUUGCCAGUCCUCGGUAUUCGCCGACAAGUCCCAACUACUCACCCAGCUAUUCACCUUCAUCUCUUAAAUAUAGUCCAACGUCACCGACGUAUUCACCUACGAGCCCUAAAAGCUCACAAUUUUCUCCAACCAGUCCUUCAUAUUCACCAUCAUCACCUUCUUAUGAUCCUGGACAAGACGAGGAUGCUGAUUAGAUAUGUUGAGAUGUAAUUGCUCAUUCUUUGUAACGUGCCACCAUCACCACCAUGAUUCCGACUUGAAAAAAAUGCAAAUAAAUACAAAAAAAUACACAAAAAUCAUUCCUCUUGUACACCUUUUCCCUAAUUUCCCUACAAUCAUCCAUUUUCAUCGUUCUGGGAUGUUUUCAUCAAAAAAUUGUCAUCAAGAGGAAUUAUAUGGAAAACUACAAAUAACGUAAAAAGAAAUGUACCAAAAAAGUGUAAAGAGUAAUCUACCAAUAAUAUUAAUACAAUUUUGCCUCGUUUUCAUGUUUAACUCUUCACAUCUUCGCUUUCAAUAUCUUUAUCCUUUCUUUAUCUCAAUAUAUAUUUCUUUAUCUCUCAAAAUUCAUUUGAUUCAGCUCAUCGUAGCUUUAUUUUCAUCAUUUGUAGGAUAAACAAUUAAAAAAUUUCAAAAAAAUAACAAAAAUGCGUAAAAAUUCAACUUAAAAAAUCCCAUUGAUCAAACAACAAUGUGAACCAGUUUUUGCUGUCCCUCUCCAAACAAAGCAAUUCAUUAAUAAUGAUAAUCCAAAGGAAACAAAAAAAAAUUAAUUCAUUAAUUCAUUGAUACUUUUGUUUUGUUGCAUCUAAACAAUAAACUUCACAAUCAAUAAUUUCA